CAUGAAGGACCAGCACAAGCAAAAAAAGAGAUGUAAGAACAGUCAGAGGCAGAUGACUAAACUAACAGCAACACUAUGCCGAGAAAAAACAUGGACGAGUAUGAGCCUUUGCUUAUAAAAGACUCCGGUGCGAAGCGGACGAGUAAGUUGCCAAACAGCUCUCUGCUUAUGGCCAUGUUCGCAGCUGGAAUUGGAGGAACGUUCCAGUACGGAUACAACAUCUCGGUCAUCAACGCGCCCACAAUGUCUGUUCAGAGUUUUAUCAACCAAACAUGGCAAGACCGGUACCAGACCGCGAUAUCCGAGAAGCUGGUCACCCUCCUGUGGUCUGUUAUCGUGUCCAUAUUCACGUUAGGGGGUCUGAUGGGGGCUCUGCUCGGAGGGACGUUGUCAGUCAAGAUGGGAAGAAAAGGGACUUUGUUGACCAAUAAUAUUUUUGCCCUGUCGGGUGCCUUGCUCAUGGGUCUGAGUUAUCCCACCGCUUCAUUUGAGCUCCUCAUCAUUGGACGUCUUCUCACUGGAAUACAAGCUGGUGUCUCUAUUUGUGUUCAGCCUCUAUAUUUGGGGGAAAUUGCUCCCACCCAGUACCGAGGUUUAAUGGGAAUGGGAACUUCCAUUUUCAUCACUGUUGGGAUCCUAGCCGGACAAAUCAUGGGCCUCAGGGAAGUGUUGGGUCAAGAACAGUACUGGCCGAUCCUGCUGUCCACCACAUGCAUCCCAGCAAUAGUGCAGCUGAUGAUACUUCCUUUCUUCCCGGAGAGUCCGCGCUAUCUGCUCAUCGACAGGGGAGAUGAUGAGGGAUGUAAAAAGGCUCUGAAGCAGCUGCAUGGCGCGUCUCGUUGGGAUGGCGAGAAGGAGGACAUUGAGAAGGAGAGGAAUAAUUUGCUGGGAUUCAAAGCUAAGAAGCCCUGGGAACUGUUCACUGACCGCAGCUUGCGUCUGCAGCUUCUCACCGUCAUGCUUCUCAAUUCAGCUCAGCAGCUCAACGGCAUCAACGCAAUAUACUUCUAUGCCGGUUAUGUAUUCGAUGAAGCUGGAAUUGCGGCUGAUAAGAUCCCAUAUGUAACAGUUGGAACCGGCGCCUGUGAAUGUCUCACCGCGUUAACGUGUGGUUUACUGGUCGAAAGCCUGGGAAGGCGGGUUCUCAUUACAGGAGGAUAUGUGCUCAUGAGCAUCUGCUGCAUUUUAUUCACGCUAACGCUGACAUUUACGGAUGCCAGUCCAGUCUUCCCAUACCUGAGCAUGGCCUGCAUUUUUGCAUUCAUUCUCAGUUUUGGUUUGGGGCCUGGUGGUGUGACUAACAUUUUGACGACCGAGCUGUUCACACAGACCACACGUCCUGCUGCCUACACUAUCACAGGGACAGUCAACUGGACCAGUUUCUUCUUGAUCAGCCUGGUCUUCCCUUUUAUUGUGCUUGGACUGCAGCAGUACUGCUUCCUAGUCUUCAUGGUCAUUUGUACUGCAAUGGCAUUGUACAUCUUCUUUGUUGUUCCCGAAACCAAGAACAAAAGUUUUCUGGAAAUUCAGAACCACUUUAAGUCUUCCAACAGAAAAGGGCAGUCAGCAGACAGCUCUGCGGCAACACUGUUAGCAUCUUCCUUGUAAUGUGACUGUUUUUAUCAAAGAGUCUUUGUUUUCGUUCCUUGGUGUAUCGAUUAUACAUGUGUGUGGAUGAAGUUGAUGAUUGUUUAAUAAGAUUCAAAGCUGAUUGUGAAGUGACAAUUUCCGUGGUGCUAAAUACAGAACAUGUUACAUAUGCUAAAACCGAAGAGAUAUUCAAUAAAUAUUUAGUUGUUCUUUUUUAUGCUCAUUAUAAGUUGGAGUCACAUUGACCUGCUGAGAAGCCUGGUGUUCCAGUUAACAAAGUUCAAGUGAGAACAAGAAUGUGUGUGGUUCUAAUCCUCUAGAUUCUUCUCAUAACUGCCAUUCUCUUGUUAUCCAUGGACGUCAGUGCAAGAACCUGAA